AGAGAUUACUUCAGACUGUUCUGAAGAAGAGCGAUGACUUGCGACGUGGGCUGACGAAGCAGACGAGUGAAGGCGUGGACCUCUUGAAGCUCCUUCACCAAAGGUUUUCUGUCCUCCUUCGGCGCAUGAACACUGAGCCUAAUCAUGGUCAGAUGCUGCGAGCAGAAAUGCAAGAACUGGGUUCCUUGGUGGAGUCUUCAUACUCAGCUGUUCUCGUCGCCCAGAAUGCCUUCAUCGAGUCUUGCGAACGGAUUCAGAUGGAGGAACCGACACUCGAACUCAAAAUCACCGAAAUCCUGGAUAAACUCGUGACGAAUAUUGAUCUAGGACACCAGUUUAAUCGUCGCCAACUGUCAGACCUGAGAGAAUUGGUUGAACAUCUAGGCGGUGUUGGAAAUGGCGAGACGCCUCCGAAGCUGAACCUGUCGCAAGGCACAGCGAGGCUUGAGCAACACACUUCUCCGGCCUUCGCUGGGAAAUUCGGGAAGCUGAAGGAGGUGGUGAUGGAGGGCAUCGAGAGCGCCAACCUGACGGUGGUGAAAUUGGAGGGCCUGGAGGAGAAGGUGGAGGAUCUCUCGAACGAGCUGCUGGAGACCAACUGGGCGUACUUCCAGCAGAAGGAGCCUGCGGACCGGCUGACGACGGCCGCCAAGGACCUCAGGGGCUUCGUGCACGACCAGAUCCUCCAGACACUGAACCUCCACGAAUCUCUGCUGGCUGUCUUCGAGCAGCUGACGAUCAGCAACGACGGUCAUCAGCAGCGGGAAGCCAUAACGACCAUGCACCUGGAGAUUGAGCACGACAGCAUGGAGCAAGGAACCUUCGUCCUGCCCUCUGAGUGCACCGCGGCUCUUAUACAGCAGGUCCGCAGCCUGCCUGAGUUCCAGACCAGCCAGCAGGACAGGACGACACCUGCCGCAGCCGUCGAAGAGGUCCCCGAGGACCUGUCAGCGGUGUGGUUCAGCGGCCAGGACUUCGGGACUCCAGACCGGACGUUUCCCUUGUACGGAGACCACGGCUGGGUCGACAGGCAGGACGACCUUUCCAGCGACGACGAUCACGACGCAGAGUCCGACUCCGGAGAGACCACGUCGUCUCCGACUCCGUCCUCGACUCCCGGGGGCGUGGAUCAGUACUUCGGGAUAUUCAAAAACUUCGCCUGAUAAUCACAAUACUUAUGAAUAAUGGAUUUUGUGUACAUAAAUAUGUUUUCCUUCAAAUGUGCAAUAUUUUUUUCUAACACUGAUAUAUGCUAAUGAAAGAAAUUUGGGUAGUAUAUUUCACUGUGGAGGUGGUAUGUGGAAUAAAGCUUAUGUGAAUGAGUUUAAUAGCGUAAGCAUAACACAGUGAAAAUAUGUAUUUUUGUAGACUGAAUGCUUAUAAUAAGUUUAAUGAUAUACUUGUAUAUAUGCUUACAGAAACAGAUAGAGAAACUGUAUGUGUAUAUAUAAUGGCAUUUGUACAUCUAUGCAUGCCUAGGAAGAAACACAUAGAUUAUAUUGAAAAACAGUCACGUAUGUACACAGUCGUACAUACUUUCGCAAACACACAUAUGCACACACGCGCAAACAAACAUACACAUGGGUAUGCAUACAUUGCCUUCUUCUCUUGACUAUUGCAUGAAUAUGUAAAUAUUGCAAUAUGCAUUCGCUGUGUAAAGCGGAAAAGUUUUGUUGUAGAAGUCUAGACGAAGGUAUAUUUAAACUUUUAUUUAUCAAAAUUCAUAUGUUUAGAUACAUAAUGAUCAGAUAUUGUUUGUUAUAUUUUCUAUGUUUUCUUAUAUUGAUUAAAACGUAUGUAGCUACGAGACAAGGAAACACUUUGUAACGUGUUUUGUGUUUACAAUAAACGCUAUGAAC